CUCGUCCCAAGAACGCGGGGUUAUAUGCGAGGACCUUCCCCCCAAGGCUACCCCAGACCGGCCGUUUUACGUACAGGGCAUUUGUAGCGCCAUAUAAGGUGUCGCUCGAGGCCUGCACCCGCUGGAAAGCGUACAUACCCGAACUCUCCAGUACAUAGUAUGUCUGGCUCCAACGCAUCUCCUCCGCGCCCAGCGCAGUCGUCACACACACGCACCUACCAGGCCUGCAUACCGUGUCGCCGCCGCAAAGUGCGCUGCGACCUGGGGCCUGUCGACAAUCCGCACGACCCGCCGUGUGUGCGAUGCCGCCGCGAGAGCAAGGAGUGCUUCUUCUCGGCCACGCGCCGCAAGCGGAAGCUGGACGGCGAGGAAGAGGUGGAUGAGCAGGACGACUACGAGGUCCGCAACGCGCGGAAGCGAUCGCGCCCGAGCGACGUCGAGCACCAUGAGCCCCUCAUUAGCAACGGCGUCGCAUACGCCUCCCAGCCGCUGACGCCGGGAGGCUCGGUCGGCCGCUAUGAACCGCUGCGACGGCCGACGACGUCUGCCUCGAUGCACCCCGUGGAGCACAGCGAGGAGGACAUGCAGGUCAACAACGAGUCCGUCGCCACGCUGCAGACGGGCGAGAUCUACAGCGGCCACGAUGCGCUGAACCUGCUGUUCGAGGCCGCCCGCAACGGAGGCAUGGACAUGCACCAUCGCACCGGCAGCACCUCGAGCAUGCAGCGGCCGACGCUGGGCAGCACGCCGGGUUCCAACUUUGCUGGCAGCCCACAGGUGACGGCACCGCAUAUCAGGAGCAAUUCGCGUGCUGCCGUUGAUCCCGUGGACCCGGCUAUUCAACAGCCACAGCUACAGCCGCAGCCACAGCCACAGCCACAGCCACAGCCGCAACCACAGCCACAACCACCCGUGCUACCAGACCCGCCAAACGAAGCAGCCUUCAGUGAUGCGAUCACAGCGUGGUCAAAGUUCCGCUUCGUGCGCGCAGGAUGGCUGACGGCGAAAGAAGCUAUUGCUUACAUUGACUAUUUCUACGCCUAUCUCUCCCCUCUGACGCCCAUCGUAGUGCCGGACUACCGCGAUCACGCCUUCCACGGGAAGCUACUGAGAGAGGAGCCCAUGCUCGUCAUCACGCUCCUCACCAUUGCUUCGCGCUACUCUCAGCCCAGCGGGACAACAAACGCCGGUGCAACAUCACGCGCGUAUCUGAUCCAUGAGAAGCUAUGGAAGCACUUGCAGGGCAUGAUAGACCGCAUGAUCUUCGGACAAGAGCAAUUCGGCGGCGGUUUCUGCGGCGCAGGGCAGCAGCCCGGAUCAGACGUGAACCCACUAUCUCGGAAGGGACUUCGCACACUCGGCACAGUCGAGAGUUUGAUGCUGCUGACCGAAUGGCACCCGCGCGCUCUGCACUUCCCACCCGGUGAUGACGACGACGAGCUUGUUCUUCCGGACGAUCUGGACCAUGAGAAGGGUCCCAAGGCCGACAUGUACAAGGGCGUGGGUGACAAGCGCAUCGACAGCUGGCUUGAGCCCUGCUGGCGUAGUGACCGCAUGUGUUGGAUGCUACUCGGCAACGCCAUGACACUCGCCUUCGAGAUCGGUGUAUUCGAUGAGACGAGCGAGACCGAGUUCGAGCAGGCGAACCAGCACCUCUCACAUGCGACCGUGAAGGCGUACUUCCGACGGAAGAACCAUCUCAAGAAUCUCCUCAUCAUAUACGUUACGCAGACUAGUGGUCGUUUGGGGUUGACGUCCAUGCUACCGAAGAUCGAUCAGCGCGACGAGAACUUUGUCGGCGGUCCGACACCGAACGAGCUGUACCAGCAGCGCAUGAGCGGCAUUAAAGCGCCUCCCAUGCAGUUCGGUACACGUCCCAGUGCUGCGCAGGAUGGUCAGCGACUACCGCUCGAGUCUGUCGCGCACCAGGAACGGCACGCUGUGCAGGACCUGGUACUCGACUUCUGGACGCGCAUAGCCAAGGUGAUGGAGAUGGGCAACUUGAAAUUAUUCUCCAACCGUCGAAAGACGAGAGAAUUGCUCAAGUCCGGGCAGUAUGAGGAGAUGCUCAAGUUCUUCCAAGGUCCACUGACCGAGUGGAAGAACUGCUUCGACCGCGCUCCCCAAGUACCCACCCAACUCCGCCACGUCCUCAUCAUAGAAUUUGAAUACACCCGCGUCUACCUCAACUCGCUGGCCCUCCAAGCCGUCGUAGAACGCUGCACGCACAACACCCCCCUACAAACCCACGCCAACCUCUCCACCACACGCACCCCAACAAACGGUACCUUAGGACCAGGAGACGGCGGCGCAAUCCCCUUCUCCACGCUGACAAAAUGGUACGCAAACGACCGGCACUACAUAAACGAAGUUAUCGACGCCUCGCGGAACGUGCUGAAAGUGGUCGUCGACGGAUUGUACCCGGGCCACUACCUGCGGCACGCGCCGGUGCGGACGUUUUUCCGGAUCGUGUCUGUCGCCAUCAUUUUGCUAAAGACCUUUGCGCUGGGCGCGACGGAAGAAGACGUCGCCGUCUCCCUCGCGUUGCUAUCCGGUGCCGUCGACGCCCUACGGACGAGUAUCGUCGACGAUGUGCACGUCGGAAACCGGUUCGCGGAUCUCGUCGAGACACUCACGCACCGCAUACGCUCCCGGUUCGUGCGCCUCGCCGCCAACGGGUCCACAGGAAUCAGCCGCGCGGGGAGUCGCUCGCCCGUCCAAGCCCCUCUAAUGCCGCCUCCCGCAGCCUUGAACUCUCUAGCAGGAUCAUACCUAGGCUCCUCCUCUGCCGUAUUCCCCUCCAACGGGACCGGAACCUCCGUCCCCGGCUCGCCCUCCCUCGGCCUCACACCCUCAGGCCGCGCAACACCCAUAUCGCAAUCGCUCUGGGGUAUAAGCGCCGAGCCGUACGAUCCCAAUUCGAACAGCAUAAGUAUCAUGCCACCACCUGGUUUCAACGCGUUUCCGCACCCUAACACGCCUGGCGGUACCAACGGUUCUGCCAAUAACAAUGCGAAUCAUGCUACGAGUGGGGGCAGUAACGCGAAUGGGACGUGGUCGCAGUGGGCGAACAGCGGCGCGAGUUGGGGCGGUGCGAAUAACGAUCAGGACUGGUUGGCGUUGCCGCUGGAUCCGCUGUUGGAUCAGUGGGGUGCGGAGAUCAAUCAGACGGCUAUGGGGCCUGAUGUCGGUGGGAUGGAUAUGCUCGACAUCUUGCUGAAUAUGGGAGGCCCGCCAGGGAGUACGUCGUAGGCUUUACAUGAGAGCGAAGAUGGAGGGGGGGAAAAACUCAAAGGGAAGCAAGAGUGGAUGCUCUUAGCUUCUGAUCGUGUCAUAAGAUCUGAUGUUUUGAUCUUUGGGUGGAGUCUUGCGAUACCCAACCAGCUUUCGCUGUGUCCUCCAGAUGUUGUUGUGUUCAUUGGAAGUGAUGCACGCAUAAGUAGAAAUUUUGUCUGUACGGGAUUCAAUAACAUUGGAGUAUUCUAGGGAUGAAGAAUGCGAAACGAACAACAAAAAAAAC